UUUCCGCGGCGGCCGGGACGGCUUUGCGGCAGGACGCGGCGCGGGAGGGGCCGCCGGCGCCGGGCAGGGCCAGCGGGGCCCCUCCCGGGCAGGGCACGGCGCGGCGGGCGCAGCUACUCUUCAUCUCUAUGAGCUUGUUACAUACAGGGACCACAGCCUGCUUGGUCAGUGGGUGUUAGAUCUUCCCUCUGAAGAGAAAUUGAGUUGGUUACUUCCUGCCACUAUGGGUUGGAGUUGGUUACUGUGUUUGCCCACCACGUCCAAGUUAACGGUGUACCAAGGACAGAUGUGAAGCAGGUCUUUAGGUCCAUAUUGAUGUGGUAUCUUAACGCAUCGCAACGCCUUGAGCCCACAGCAGCACGGGAUAUGGAGGCUUUUGAAGUGGAUGACAUUAGCCCUGCCUUGGAAGUGACUGAAGACUUUUUCAAUAGUUUUGAUACUAAGCUUGAAAAGAUUGUGCAGCCCUCUGAGGUGUAUGGCGUGCAGGAGGUCCCGGAACUGGUUGGGCAUGAAGUAUUUGAUCAGAUAACAGAGAGCAGGAACCUGAGGAACGUCGCCUCCUUAGCUAAAAGUAGCCUCAUCUGGGAUCACUGCAAAAAUGGUCUAUUGGAAACCAAAGUUCAGACAGUGUUCCCUGCCAAAGACCAAUGCAUGGUGCAGAGGGGAACAGCUGCUGACAACCUUGCUUGGGCAGGAGAAGGGGAGACCACAACUUUUAAUAUCUUCAAGAUCUGCCAGCGGCGGAGAGAUAGGCCUCGCUCAGUGAAUGACAUCCUGGUGCAGAAUGAGGAAGCCUCCAUGUUCAAACCAGGUCACAACAGGUCACGCUCUGAUAUCAGCCACGUAAACUGGAGAGUGGUCUUCACAGGCACCUCCCUGCAGCAGCCACCUGCACCUGGUCAGGACAAUAACUGUGCUCUGCUUUCCUACCUGGCAUUAACCAAGGGAGAGAAUAUCCAGGGAAACACAGAAUACAAGACAGUGUUCUCAAAUCUUCUGAAGAAGGGAUACUUGGAAGUUAGAAGAGACAAUGACAGCUACUGGCAAACUUGCUAUGCUGAACUCUCUCAGUACAAACUGUACCUGUAUUGCUUGGACAGCAGUGGCAACCAGACUCUUCCCACUGUGUAUCCACUCAUGCGUUUUCAAAGGGUGGCUGUUACUGGUGGCAGUGAAACCAAGGUGGUGGACACUGUCCUGUCAGACGGCUCACAGCUACAGCUGAAGGCAGAGUCCUCGUGGGAGACUUUGGACUGGGGGCAGAAACUUUGGGAAGCAGUGCAUACUUCUGGGCCUGCUCUUACAAGACAGCAGGAGAAACUGGAGAAUGUGCCAAAGCUUGAAAAUAACAGUGGGCUUUCUCAAACUAAUGGAUUAUUAGAGAAGCCUAUGGAGCUCUUCCUACCCAUGAAUUUGACUGAAAAGACUAAAGAGUACCAAAAUAUUCUGAAAUCGGGGACUCUUUACAGGUUAACUGUCCAGAAUAACUGGAAGGCAUUUACUUUUGUCUUGAACAAGUCUUAUCUCAUGGCAUUCCAGCCUGGUAGACUUGAUGAGGAUCCCCUGCUGAGCUACAAUGUGGAUGUGUGCCUGUCGGUCCAGACAGAUACUCAGGAUGGCUGUGACUCUUGCUUUCAGGUCAUUUUUCCCCAAGAUGUGCUGCGCCUGCGCGCAGAGACCCGUCAGAGGGCCCAGGAGUGGAUGGAGGCGCUGAAGGCAGCAGCCAAUGCUACUCGAAGUUUAAGCCAAAACCCACAGGUGACGCUUAGGAACAAACCUGGAGAUCGGCCCUUUGGAAAUGAUCUUAGAAAGACCAAGCGCCAGUCUGUGACCACCAGCUUCCUGAGCAUCCUGACCACACUGUCUCUAGAGAGAGGGCUCACAGUACAGAGCUUCAAGUGUGCAGGCUGUCAACGCUCCAUAGGUCUGUCCAAUGGGAAAGCCAAGGUGUGCAGCUACAGUGGAUGGUAUUACUGCAGCACCUGCCAUGUGGAUGACAGCUUCCUUAUCCCUGCACGGCUGGUUCACAACUGGGACACUUCUAAACACAAGGUAUCAAAGCAAGCCAAAGAGUUCCUGGAAUAUGUUUAUGAGGAGCCAUUAAUUGAUAUCCAGCAGGAAAACCCCAUGUUGUACAAUCACGUUGAACCUCUGGCAACUGUUGUCCGCCUGAGACAGCAGCUAAAAUCCCUGCGAGCCUACUUGUUCAGCUGCAGGGCAGCAGUGGCUGAAGAUCUGCGUAGAAGGAUCUUCCCCAGAGAGUAUCUUCUUCAACAAAUCCAUCUUUAUUCUCUGGCAGACCUUCAGCAGGUUAUUGAAGGAAAGCUGUCUCCUUUCUUGCUGAAGGUGAUCAAGUUUGCCACCUCUCAUGUGUACAGCUGCAGCCUUUGUAGCCAAAAGGGUUUCAUCUGUGAGAUUUGCAACAAUGGAGAAAUCCUUUAUCCCUUUGAGGACAUUUCUACAAGCAGGUGUGAAAGCUGUGGUGCUGUCUUCCACUCUGAGUGCAAAGUGAAGGCUGUACCAUGCCCCAGGUGUGUGCGUAAAGAAUUGCAGAAGAAGCAGAAAUCCUUCUGGAGGAAACUGAAUAUGGACGAGAACUUUGAAGAGUCUUGCAACAUGUUUGAAUUGUCAUAUCAGAACACAUGAGUUCCUUAAGGCAGUGGCCAGUCUGAAGAGAAUCCUUCUCCCAGUUGCCAGUUCAAGCAAAUUCUCUGCUUAGACAGGCAGAAAUGUUUUUGAAAACUAUUACCUGACCUUCUUUAUCUGUGAAUAAGAGCUGCCAGAGUGGCCAUAAAGCCUUGUUGGCUUUGAAAUGCCAGUGGCUAAACUGCAUUGAAGUCCAGCCGUUAGCUCCGUACAAAAUGUGGUUUACAAGAAAUGCUUUAGGUCUAGCUAAUUAAGUACCAACUUUCUUUUCCACCUAUGGAGAACACUUUUAUCUCAUGGCAGAAAAUAUUUGCUGCCAUGACUGCAUUAUUUUUUAUGUUGUUCAUUUAGAAUUGAUGAAUCAUCUACUUAUUUAUAUGUAUUAUUUAUUUAUUAGUAGCCUUGGCAGGGGUUCUGGUGAGGUGUUUCACAGAAUCCAAUAGAGCAGUAAUUAUUUUAAGUCCACUGUCUCCUUCCGAUAUGGACAUGUGGUUCCAUUUCCUCCUGUUUUCAGAGAACUAUCUUAAAGGAUCAGUGCAUUUACAUUUUAAAGGAUCUCCCAUUAAACAUUAUUCAGGGUGCUUACAAACAUAAGACACAGAAUAAUUCCUUCAGUUAUGUUUAUAUAUUUAUAACCACCCCAGUGAACUGCUCCAUAUUCAGAUAAGCAUGGGAUCUGCUACUCUUUGUUCAGGCUGGGAAUAUCAGUAAAGCUCUGUCACUGAAGUCCUUUGAGAUUUGUGCUGGUUACUCUUGAUUUAUGGGAGGCUAUGUCCUUGUCUGUAAUAACAUGAUGUUGGUUUUCCUCCUUCCAGUCUGAAACUUUAGGGCAUUUUAAGUGUUCACAUUGGUUUGCUUUUUAUUUCCUAAGGUUUACUUCAACUGUUUUUCUAAUCUGAGCCUGUUAAACUAAUAGUCAGGAAAGUGGUCUUGCCCAUUUUAGUUAGCAAAUACCUCCAAAUUUGUGAAACACUACUUUGCUUGUUUUCAUAUGCAGCUUGUGUUCUGCAUUCUCUUUGAGCUCCAAGGCAUUUAUAGUUCUGUAAUGACUUCCAUGGUGGACAGUGAAGUUGCUCGAGGUAUGAUUCUGCUUCACACACCUGGAACACAGGGAAGUAUAAAACAGUGAAUUAUUUUGUAAAGGGAAGUAGAUGAUGGAUUUAACUGGGGAGGUGUGUGUCAUUACUGGCAGUAUGUUUAAUUCAUGGUGAGUUCACUUCUAAUGAGCAGUUAGAUUGUCUUCCCCCCAUUUCAUAUUCCUGACUCUUUUCCACACCCUGCAGUGAUAUGUGUAUUACAUACCUAUGAAAGCAUUCAUAUAUAUAUACAUACACGCACACAUCUAUAUAUAUAGAAAGUAAAUAUGGUUUUUGGAGAAUAAUGCCAGUUGCAUGUGUAUUUUUCCUCUCCUCUCACAUAGGUUUGUGAAAAUAUGGAAUACUGAUUUUUGCUUCCUAUAUAAUCUACAGACUGUUGCAUUCAAGGCAGAAAGCAGUUUUGAUUGUUGAAGCAUCUCACCAAUUGCUGAAGUAUUUUAAAUAAAAGAACAGGGUACAUCAUGCUUACAUUAAAAGGUAAAAUGCUGCAAUGAGUUGCCUUGUACUGGAAUAUAAGUGGUUACCUUUUUCAGCCUCCAGUCAAAGAAAAAAGUAGCUUUCUGAAAUUUGAGUGCAACUACUAUAUACAUACAGAAGCACGUUUAUAUCUCUAUACAUUAGACAACCAGUGCCUUUUCUUUUCCAGGGAUUCUUUAGAAGGAAGUGAGGGUUUUCCCAUGUUCUUGGCAAAGUGCUGGAGGGAUUCCCAUACUUAAUAUACCUGGUGAAUCAUGCACCUUUGUCACUAAAAGUAAUACUUACCAUACACAAUGGUGUCUCUGUCUCAGCUCACUGUUCCUCAUGUGAAAUGAGUUGCUUUUGGCUAUCACCCUUAAAGGUAUAAUGUUCCUUGCAAAUCCAUUCCCAUGCAAAGAAUUCCCUGUGUGUUCAGAAAUGCAAACACUGGGGAAGUAUUGUGGAAUUAGUCAGGCAAACAGGAACUGCACUGGUACUGGCUGAAUAAACAGAACGCUCCCAUGUUUUUCAGCUUGUGUCACUACAAUUACUGCUGUGGCAAAGCCAGUAGCUCUGAAACUGUCAGCAUUUGGCAGGUACUGUUUUGAAUUAUCUGUAGGCAUAAUGUUAGGCCAUUAAAGAAAAAGUGGUGGUGUUUUUCGUAUCAUCAUGCUCUGGCAUUUACGAUACCUCACAGUGCUCGUUCAUGUCCAGCUCAGUUUGGAGAAGGCUGCUUGAGUGUACUGUCAAAAGCCAUAUGGAGUCAAGGAAUCAAGGUUCAGACCUUGCAAAAUAUUAGUUACUUUGACAGAUAUCCUAUCUCCAAAGUACCAGUUAUGUGGGUGGUUAGAUAUUGGAAUUGAACUCUGGAAUAACAACACAGACAGCAUUGGAGUUGCUCUGGGUGUGUGCAGGUACUACAGAACAGUUUCUUUGCUAACAGAGUUUUAAAGGAUAAAAAAAGAUGUUGGCAAAACUGCUGAAAUUCAUCAUGAGUCUGAAACCACUGCCAUUACAAAUGACAUAGAGCAAGAGCAUGUUAUGAUAUUCUGUCUGUGCCCAGAUCUUUAUGUAAAAGGAUACUGUACAAUAGAGAUCAUGCUAUUUGCUUUAAAAUCCAGUAUUGUUGUAAACCAGCUAGUUCCUAAAAUGAAUAGACAUUCAUUUGUACUUUGGAAAAGUGAUACAGCUUCACGGUAGCUCUAGGAGCAGGCUGUGAAGUCAAGAUGAUGUCCUCUCAGGGAUGCCUAGCUCCUGCCCAAAACCAGUUAUUCCUUAUGAAUAGGUAAGAUAAAGUAUUCUGUCACCAAUUUUUGUAAGCAUAAUGAAGGCUUAAUCCUGCCCUCAGUUGAUUUCCUUGCAGAGCCAUCUGCAAGCAGGAGCCUCAGCAUGGGGUUCUGCAGGUGGUUUGGGUUUCAAACAGCACUGUACCCUUGCAUGGUUGUUUCUGCUGUACUACCAGUGCUCCAUGCUGGUCCCCACUGCUACUGUCUGCCCAUUCUGCAGACCACAGCCUGCAUGUGGCUCUGCUCUGCAGACUUCUAGAUGAGCAUCAGCUGGUAAAGUUCCUGGGGGCUUUGCAGAUUGCACAGCUCUGCCCACAUCUUCCCCCUACCCCAGGUGAAAUUAUGCAUUAGUACUUCAGUCUUGUCCUGCCCAUGCACAAUUUGAAUGAUACCAGUUUAUUGUGAAUCAAGAAUAAAAUAUACUGUUUAUCUUCUUCAAAGAGAAGAUGCUUUCAGAACUGACUGAGAAGGAAUUGAUCUGUAAUUCAGUUACUGCUUUUGCUUUAUACUGAACUUGUUAUCAGUGUAAAAACAGGAUGCUUAACUGCAGUGGACCAUACCUGUAGAGAGUCCAUUUCUUAACUGCAGUGGACUCUCUACAGGUACUUACAGUUGUUAGUCUGAUAUUAUUUUAAUCUAGCACACUAUCGAAAUCCUUAUUCAAGUCUCUUUUCCUCUUUACCCUAACCAUCUACCUUUCCUUUAAUAGGAAGGUGGGCCUACUUAGGGGAUGCAAACUGCAGCUCUUUUUGUGUUAUCAAUCUAUAAAAAGAGAAAUUUGUAUUUCUUAUGUAGGAAUCCUCCUAUUGCUUUUCUUGUUUUUUGUCUGUCUGACAUGGUGGGAAAUGAUGGGUUGGUGAUGUGACAAAAUAUCCUGGCUGGCACAUACCAAUAUGAGCUCAUUGCUGGGAUCCACAGGAGCUGCUACUUAUGAGGGAAGGUACUCUUUUGAGAGGAAGUUAUGUGUUUUGCAGUACUGCACAGGCUCUGAUGGCCCUGUUAGGAGUGAAUCAUCAGGGUAUCUCUAGAGCCCCUCUUCUCUUAUAAUUAGGAUAGUGUGUGUAUUACAAUAGAUUGAUAAUGUCUUGAACAAUUUUUUAAAAGAGCAGAGGAUGUCUCUUUACAAUGAAAUGGGGAAGCUGUCCAGUUGAGUUUUGCUUCUCCCUGUAGCAACAGCAGCCACCGAGUUUCCUAAGCUUCCCAAAGGUCACUGCCUGGAUUGCAGCUGACUGUUGAUCUGUAUAAAAAAAUUAAUUGAAUAAUCAUCUUAAAGGUCUAAUUUUUUUUUCCUGCCACUGACUUGCAAGCCAGUCUCCCCUCUCUCUCCACUGUAUCUGUCCCUGUCCUUACUCACAGUACUGAGCCUACAGCCAGGCUUGGAGCUUCAUAGGUCAUUGUGUUGCUUUUGAACCAGUUGAGUCCAGUCAUCUCUCCUUUGUAAUUUGCCUCCCAAUUUUCCCUUCCCAGUAGGAGUGCCUUACAGUACAGUAUAUUAGUGUCUCUCUUCCUGUUUUGGAUUUCCUGAUUGCAUCUGCUGUUUUAUUAACUUGUAGACUUAAACUGAAAUGCUCUUGUGGCUGGGCCUGCUCUUUUGCAGGAGCAGCUGAGUAAAUCAGUUUGCUUAUUCUGCCCUCAUGAAGUUAGCUCUACAGGCUUCAUAUACCAGCUCUGAAGACACCAAGCUAUGUGGGAACUCCUCACUUUUGCUCAUUUUGGUGCCUUAAAUUUUGAGAAGUGAAUGAUUUUUUUAAGAAAUGCUCUGCCAUGAUGCAAUGUGUUUGGCAUUGGAGCUUAAAACCCUUGCUCACGACAGUUUCCAUCAUGCUAGAAAUGGUAACCAUAACAUUUGUUUACUGUCUAUGCUUUGUGAAGGCAUUAUGAGAGAGGAUAGCAUGGAGAUGGUAUUGGUUCUUAUUAUGUGUAUUUUUGAGACUUGCUGGGCUGCUUAGCCUUAGAUGCAGUUGUGCAAGACCUUCAGAAGCUGUGCAUAUAUAUAAUAACGUCAAGUACAGAGAAUUAAAACAGGCUCAGGUCACAUGUAGUUUUGCUCCUCCUGGAGCCCCUGGCCAGUCCACACAAUGUGGCUGGGACUCCCAUACAGAGCCCCCUGCUCGCUUGCACAGCUGGGUCCAGUGCUGUGGGAGUGAAGAUGUUUCCUCAAAGCUCAAUUUUAAUGCAGCCUGGCUCCCUGAAGGCUGACCCAGUGUGGGUUUGGUCAGCCUUACCUUAGAGAGAGGGUUAACCCAUUGAAAUUUUAGCAUUAUUUGCUGAAGUAUGUGGCAUUUGUCAGCCUGGGGCACAAGUCCAUACUAACUGUGAAUUUGUAAGUCCACAUUUGACACCAGUAGCAGGAAUCCCCUUUAACAGCAGCAAUGCUGCUACUGCAUUUUAGCCGUUUAGUGAGGAAACAGCCUGGAUAACAAUGUGCAAAGUCCUUCUUUACUUGAAAACCCUGGUGUGGCUGUGAUGACUUGAGUCAUAUCUUAAAAUGCCAAUUUCACCCAAAUUCCUUAGGGUGGCCAUUAAUCCAAAUUGCAAACAUGCCACUUGUGGUCGGCAUCAGAGAUAUCUAGGUCUGGAAAGCUGUCAGCUGUCUAGGACCAAAGUGUAUUAGAAUUUGUGCACAAGUGUCAGUGGCUCAAUUAUUUAUUUAUUCCUGUGUAGUCCACAUGUUAUACCAUUAUAAAUCCUUGAAUACACAGGAUUUUUCCACACAAUCCUUUUGGUGGAAAAAGGAUUUGUUUCAGUUUUGCUUAUGCACUUGUCUACCAAGUUGAUUUUGCUUAAACUAAACUGUGCUUUCAGUUUUGAUUUUUAAUUAAUACCUGUGAUGCCAGGUUACCUUCUAUGAAUCCCUCCUAUACUUGAUGUAAGCAAAAGUAAAUUAAUGAGCAAAAUGUAUGUUUCAUAGGUAUUAAGUGAUAAAGGCAGCUUCCAAAUCAACUUCAGUUCAGUCAAGGCAGUUAAAAGCCAGGGAAAGCCAGGUGUGAGCAGCAGAGCACAGUGGCUGAUGUGGUCCCUGGCAGCCUGUGCUUUCCUUCCUGCCAGAGCACCAGCUCACCUGCACCACUUACAGUGAAUUUUAGCAUUGCUGGCAGUGCACCCUGAGUUUUUGGAAUACCCUUAUGUGUGUGUGUUACUGUGUUAACUUAUUUGCGACAUUGUUACGUGUGUUUCAUUGUUUGCGUUGUUUGGUUUUUUUUACUUUUGACGAGGAUAUUUUUUAAAUUAUCUGCAACUCCUGGGCAAUAGUCUUAAUUUAUUAUUGAUGUGUAAUGAUGUUAUAAUUUAAAUCCAUUAAGUUGAAUUGCUUGUUGACACUUGAGCAGGGUUUAUUUGGGUUCACUUGUGACUGCAUCAGAGCACCAGUCCCUCCUGUAUAAAGGCAACUCUCAAUAAACACUAAAAAAAUGU